AUGAGCAGCGGACGCCAGGACGAGGAGAAGCCCCGGAUGAAGAUGCAUUCUGCGGGCUUUGGGUUAGAGAAAGCCCGGCUUCAGGGCUCCGGGUUCCGGAUCACGGACCUGCUGGGCCUGGACCCGGAACUCCAGGGGGGGUCCCGGGGGCCCGCGGGCCACCUGGGGGACCCUCCCGGAGCAGCGGGGGGUCUCUCGGGGUUCUCCUUCCCGGGGGGGGGUCUCCCUCUCGGGCUCGGGUUCCUCUGCAGCCUCGCGGCCCAGCAGCCCCCCCCCUGCUUCCUGCCCGCACACCUGCUGCAGGCGCGCGCCGACCCGCACUACCUGCAGAGCCUCGAGGGCGCAAGGGACAACUACUCAGAUGAAGAUUGUCUUUCCGACAGAAACGACUCGAAGAACUCUGCGAACUCUCAGAAGAGGAAGAAGAGGAGACACAGGACGGUGUUCACCUCCCACCAGCUGGAGGAGCUAGAGAAAGCCUUCCACGAGGCGCAUUACCCGGACGUUUACGCCCGAGAGAUGCUGGCCAUGAAGACGGAGCUGCCGGAGGACCGCAUCCAGGUGUGGUUCCAGAACCGACGGGCGAAAUGGCGAAAGAGAGAGAAGUGCUGGGGCCGCAGCAGCGUGAUGGCGGAGUACGGCCUCUACGGGGCGAUGGUGAGGCACUCCAUCCCGCUGCCCGAGUCCAUCCUCAACUCCGCCAAGAACGGCAUGAUGGGAAGCUGUGCUCCAUGGCUGCUCGGUGAGCCACGAAUGCACAAGAAGUCUGUUGAAAUCACAAAGAAGUGUGCGAGCCCCCGCGAGGCCGAGUCCCCCCGAAACGAGACGUUCUGCGAGGAGCGACGAGGAGGAGGAGGAGGAGGAGGAGGAGGAGGAGGAGGCGAGGAGAAGAGGAAGGAAAAGGAGGAGGAGGAGGAGCUGAAGAUGGAGGAAGAGGAAGAGGAGGAAGAGGAGGAAGCCAUCGACCUAUCCAGCUCCUCGAAGCAGACAGAGGAGGGGGGGAGGAACGCCUCGUCGCCACGGCAACAGAGCGGCCAAUCAGACGAUCGCAGCUGAAGAUCGAGACUGACGCCAUCCCAUAAUACUCCCUCUCAGAUCAGACACUGCUCCAACAAGGACACAGAACUCAGCCAAUGAGAGAGCAGCACUUACGUCUAUGCAAGUUUUCACUUUUGGCGAGAAAUGCUACUUUCGGCUAGCACGCUAAAUGGCUAGCGUUCACAUUAUUUAUUUAUUUAUGUAUUUAUAUAUUGUAGUCAUAGUGAUGGGCACACAAGCCUAACCCACGAUACGCACCUUUGUUUGGAAAGCUAAUAAUACAGAAAAGAAGAAUUCAAAAGAAAAAACUAAAACAUGUUUAGCGGCAAAUGCUAACAUCGGCUAGCAUGCUAAUCAACUAGCUUGGAUACUUGUUCUUCUUCCUGCCUGGUCUGAAAGAUGAAGAAUGAUUCGGGCAAAGCAACAUCACAUCAAAGAUGAUGAUCAUCCACAAAGAGAAUAUUCAGAAAGGUAAAAGAAACUCCUGAUGCUAAUAUUUUAUUGUGCUAACGCCAUUUUGGCAUGCUAAUACAAGUUAGCAUAAUAACAUUUUACUAUUUACGUUUUUCUCCUAUUUGUUAUUGUUAUUUCGGCAUGCUAAUACAUGUCAGCAUACUAGCGUUAAAGCUUUUAUAUCUUCUUAAUUUAUUACAUUUUUAAUUGUAUUAAUAUUUAAUUAUAAUAUUAACGUUUCACUGGUUAGCGCUAUCAGGCUAUCAGGCUAUCAGGCUAUCAGGCUCCUCCUCCGUGAUGCUAUCAGGCUCCUCCUCCGUGAUGCUAUCAGGCUCCUCCUCCGUGAUGCUAUCAGGCUAUCAGGCUAUCAGGCUCCUCCGUGAAGAUGCAUCAGUUUCUGCAGUUAGCGACCUCUCUGUGCUCCCAGGAUGAAAACAUGCUAACGUGCUAACAUGCUAACUUGCUAACGUGCUAAGAUGACCGGAGGACUGUCCGGGUGUAAAUACUGUCUUUGUGUUUGUGUUUGUACUCAGAGUUUUAUAUCCGUGUUUAAAAUAAGAAGCUAUAAAUGUGUUAUUCCUGUUGUGUUUAAAGGCGCUGUGGAGGAAUGUCAUUUAAAUAUUUAAAAAGCUGUUAUAAUUAUUCAUAUUAUUAAUGUCAGUGUGUUC